AUGAUUGUCCGGUCUCCUAUAUUUGCUGGUGCUUUACGGCAAAAUGGUUUGGGAAAUAUAUGCCUUUCAUGCUCCCUGCGAACGGAAUUGAGAGGAAUCCGAAGAGCUGAGAGGAAUUUCUCGAAUUCAAAUGGUAGGAAAACAACAAUAGUGCAGAGAUUGGGGACUGGCUAUUUCUUUACAAAUAGAGAUCUUUUUGGGAAUGCAGGAAAGGGUGGCAUGAGUACUUCUGUGGAUGCACUCAGCAGGAAAGGCGUAGAUGGGGCAAAAGAAAGCAUCGAGAAUGGAUCUACGAUACCAGUCACUGCAGAAUUAGAAAACCUGCCACCCCAUCGACGAAGGCGGCAAAAACAAUCACUCGAACAAGCUGAUAAAGAAUUCCUUCCUGAGAAUGCUUCCACCAUCCAUGCCGACCGCGCGAGCGCACUUCCACAAUCUUCCAUAAAACGACUAUUAUCAGUCCUCUUGUCACUCACCAAACCCCGCCUUUCUAUGCUCGUCGUUCUUACCGCAUGCUCAGCCUACACAUUAUACCCAGUACCUUCGCUUUUAUCCUCGACACUUCUUGAAACACCCAGUUUGAGCCCCCUUACCCUUCUCUUCCUUACGACCGGCACGGCCCUAUGCGCCGCCUCCGCGAAUACCCUCAAUAUGCUUUAUGAACCUAAAUACGACGCGCAAAUGUCACGAACACGAAAUAGACCCCUUGUUCGAAAACUCAUUUCGCCUGGUGGGGCUUUACUUUUCGCAAUUGCAAGUGGAGUUGUUGGAGUAGGAGGUUUAUAUUAUGGGGUCAAUCCCACCACUGCAUUUUUGGGUGCUUUGAAUAUUGGGCUAUAUGCUGGUGUUUAUACGCCGUUGAAAAGAGUCACAGUCUUCAAUACUUGGGUCGGUGCAAUAGUUGGAGGUAUUCCUCCAUUGAUGGGAUGGACUGCUGCGGCUGGACAAACUUCCUCACAUCUUUCUUCUUCCUCAACACCUGAAUGGCAGGAUUUACUACUUGGACCAGAUAGUGCGGGAGGUUGGUUACUAGCAGGAUUGCUAUUUGCAUGGCAACUUUCGCAUUUCAUGCCUUUAUCCUGGUCUAUCCGUGAAGAAUACAAAGGCGCCGGAUAUAGAAUGUUAUGUUGGGUAAAUCCCGCCAUGAAUGGUCGCGUGGCUCUCAGAUAUAGUAUCGCAUGCAUACCCCUAUGCAUUGGGCUUUGUUAUGCGAAUGUAACUGAAUGGACAUUCGCAGCAGCUAGCAUGCCUGUAAAUGUAUGGUUGGUGCGAGAGGCGUACAGGUUCUGGAAAUACGAGGGCCAAAAAGGAAGCGCGAAAAAGCUCUUUUGGGCAAGUGUUUGGCAUUUACCAGUCGUACUUGUCUUGGCAAUGGUGGAGAAGAAGGGGUUGUGGAGUAGAAUUUUGUCGGCGAUUUUUGGACAGAGAACAGAGGAUGAUGAGGAGUGGGAAUAUGUGGACGAGGAUGAUCAUGAGGAAAUACCUGUGCAGAAAUUGUCUGUCCCAGUAGUCGCCUCGGCAGAACCGAGUAGAUAA